GCCAUGAAUCAGCCCCAGUUGGUCAACCAGGCCAAUGUCUCAUGAAAAUACUUCCCUUUUAUUCUUCCCAUUUUUUUAAACUCUGCGUACUGUCUGUGUGUCCUUGUCCAAUGUGAGUUCACGAGUGUACGCGUGAAGUCUUUUCCAGCAUUCUCAGACCUUAUGCAGGAAUUCACUGGCGUGUGGGUGAGGGACCCUCGCAUCCAGAAAGAGGAUUUCUGGCAUGCCUACAUGGAUUAUGAAAUCUGUAUACAUACAAACAGUUUGGCCUUCACUAAGAAGAGUUCCUGUGUGCGGCGGAGAUACAGCGAGUUUGUGUGGCUAAGAAAAAAGCUACAGGAAAAUGCCAUGCUCAUAACACAUCUACCCAAACUUCCUCCAAAAAACCCGUUUUUCAGUCUCAACAAUGCCAGAGAGAUUGGAGCCCGUAUGGAAGGGCUCCGGAAAUUUCUAGAAGAGGUGGUUCACAGCCCGGUGCUGCUUUCGGACAGUUGCUUGCACCUCUUCCUACAGUCCCAAUUGAGUGUGAAAAAAAUCGAGGCCUGCGCUGAAGGCCGAAGUCGCUACACUGUGUCUGAGGCCGUUCACAAUUGUGGCUCAGGAAACAAACGCUUUCAAUCUCUCUCUGAAGGGAACAUGGAGGAAGAAGAGGACGAUAUGCACUGAAUCAGAAUGAUUGACUGUUUUCUGCUAAACGCAUAAAGACAUUUCUGAGGAAGAUAAUAUUCAACAGUGAAGAUUACAGCCCAUGAGGAGGGAUAAUUAAACAGAAAAAAGUUACUGUUAAAGUUACCGUCAUUGUUAAAACGUUGUUUUGUCUCACGCUCAUUCUUUCUAAAUCUGUACUGAUGAAGAUAACCUAAUAAAUUAAAUUAU